GGCUGCCUGCCCAACGAGUACCGCUGCAGCAACUCGUGCGUGGCGCUGGUGAAGCGCUGCGACCGGUACAUCGACUGCCCCGACGGCGCCGACGAGGUCGGCUGCGAGACAUUUGUGUGUCCCUCGACGCACUUCAAAUGCAGCAACCACUUUUGCAUUCCGGGUGACAAAACGUGCAACUUCGAAGACGACUGCGGAGACAACUCGGACGAAAUGACUUGCUCGCACCGCCAGUGCUGGAAGACGGAGUUCAAGUGCGACAACGGCGAGUGUAUCCGGCCGGGCUUCGUGUGCGACGGCACCAACGACUGCCACGACCACAGCGACGAGCUCAACUGCGGCCCCGAGCACUUCGCCAAUUGCUCCGACGGGACGCGCGUGCACAAGCAGUACUGGUGCGACGACUGGCCGGAGUGCAGGGACAACCACGCCGACGAGCUCAACUGUUCAGAAUGCAACAAGGAAGACGACUUCCGGUGCCCAAACGGCCGCUGCAUCAGGCUUGCCAACGUGUGCGACUCGCAAUGCGACUGCGUGCCUCUGGGGCCAGACGGGCUUUGCGCGGACGAGAUCAACUGCGAGGAUUUCUACAAGAAAAUUCAUGGGAUCACGCUGUGCGAGGCGAAGCGCACGCUGACGUGCGCCGUGCCGAGGGACCGCGCGCACGCCCGCUGCAUCCAGCCGCGCUUCCUGUGCGACGGGCGCAGCGACUGCCUCAACGGCCUCGACGCCUCGGACGAGCUGGGCUGCCCUGGAAGCUCAAUUGACGGCAAUUCAGUGCAAUGCAGAGAAAAUCGCACUCUUCCGUCAGUUAUGCGCUGUGAUUUUAAAAAAGACUGUCUGUUUGGAGAAGAUGAAACCGAAUGCAGGACGUCUGUUCCUGUUUGUCCAGAAAACAUGUUUCAAUGUGACAAUGGACAAUGCAUAGAGCCGUCUCUUCAGUGUGAUUUACAGUUCGACUGCUGGGACAAAAGUGAUGAAUUGCACUGUGAAAAUUACAAUUGUCCUGUUGAUACAAAAAAGUGUAUACAUACACGGCAGUGUUUAAAAGUCGAGUUUUGGUGUGACUAUCAUGUAGACUGUCCAGAUGGAACAGAUGAGUUACAUUGUGAAAGAAAAGAAAAGAUGUGAUGAAAAUGAAUUCACGUGCUCUAAUGGCCAAUGUAUAUCAGCAUCUAUGCGAUGCUAUAUAUCUGAAAAGUCAGAGAAGGCUGUGCUGAUGGAUCGCAUUUACAAAAUUGCUCACUUUGGGUUUGCAAUCCAGGAACCUUUAAAUGUCGAAAUGGUCCUUGCCUAAAUACAAGUCUCGUCUGCGACGAAAAAAUUGAUUGUCCUGACACAUGGUCUGAUGAAGAUGGUUGUGUGUUUCAGUGUUCUGAAAUGGAGCCUCGCUGUCAGUGCCAAGAUCGACUGGCAAAUUGCUCUGGUUUAGGACUACACGUCAUCCCCGAUAUUGAAGAUGCGAUGAACAGAUAAAACCUGAAGAAUAAUAGUAUUUCAUGGCUUCCUCCAAAGGUGUUUGAUAAUCUUUGGCGACUUUCAACUCUUGAUCUUACAAACAAUUGUAUUCAUACUAUUGGGAAUCAUACAUUCCACGGUUUAUCAUCGUUAACUGGCCUGGAUCUCAGACACCAAAAAAUAAGUAAUAUAUCUAGUGGAGCUUUCAUUGGUCUUCGAAAACUCAUGGGCUUAACAACGGACGAGUUCCGAUUCUGUUGUUUGGCUCGCCAUGUUGCGGAGUGCUAUCCGCCUCCUGAUGAAUUUUCAUCGUGUGAAGAUCUGAUGUCGAAUUUGGUUCUUAGAGUCUGUGUUUGGGUACUUGGAGUCAUCGCUACAGUCGGAAAUGGCCUAGUAAUUGCAUGGAGAAUGCAUUUUAAACACACAAAUCAGGUCCAUUCAUUCCUCAUCACAAAUCUUGCCAUUGGAGAUUUAUUCAUGGGGUCAUAUUUACUCAUCAUUGCUAGUGUGGAUGCUAAAUACAGAGGUGUUUACUUCAUACAUGAUUCAACGUGGCGAAGCAGUGAACUAUGCAGCCUUGCAGUAAUUACUUUGGACCGCUUCUUGGUCAUUAUCUUUCCUUUUCGAGUGCGAAGGUUGGAGAUGCCAAAAACACGGCUUGUUAUGGCGGCUGGUUGGUUUGGUGCUGCGUUAUUGUCAGGUCUGCCUUUACUCCAAUUUGAUUAUUUCAGGAAUUUCUAUGGCCGAUCUGGAGUCUGCUUGGCACUGCAUAUCACUCCUGAAAAACCCAGUGGCUGGGAAUACUCAGUUUUUGUUUUUCUCUUCCUCAACUUGGUGUCGUUCUCCAUCAUCGCCCUGGGAUAUGUGUGGAUGUACGCGGUGGCUCGCACGACCCGCCAGGCCGUUUGCAACAAAGAGCAGCGGCCGUCAGAUGCAGCCAUGGCUCGAAGAAUGACUUUGAUUGUGGCAACAGAUGCCGCUUGCUGGAUGCCCAUUAUUCUCCUAGGAGCACUUUCGCUUGGCGGAAUCACAGUUCCUACUCAGAAAGUUCUUCCUUAUGUAACAGGAUCAACUUGUGCACACAGUCGAUAUGAUAUUGAUAAUGCUGUGGCAAACAAUCUUUACAUAGAAAUGGCAAAUGGCAAACAUGUGCAUGGACCCCUCUUGGAUAAAGACGAAGAAGGAGAAGUAGAUCAAACAACGUUGUUUGCUCUUACUAAACAAAACCAUCAUAACUCACAAAGGUGGAGAUCAGGCUCUUAUCACAGUCGAUCUACUUCUGCCAUUGGCGCUCCUUCCCUGGGUCGAGCAAAUUCAUGUCACCACACUAUUGACACAGCUGUGUCUGCUCGAGGUGAAAUCAUUCCUCUAAGACGCCUUUCUCCCGACAGACAUACUAAAUGACUAUCGGAAAAAGCUCAGCGGAAGAAAACGUUAAAAGAGCUUUAUGAUUAGCAAACUGAAACAAAUCCAUAAAGAAGCAAGCUUCUUGGACCGUUUUUUGGUCCAUUGACUGGAUGAAAUAAUGUUACGUAGUAAACAUGAGCAGAAUUAAUUCAAUAAUGUGUAUUCACACUAAUGGAAAGAGAAAGAAUGAGCAUGGGAUUUUAAUAUUUGAAGAAGAGCAAGAGAGAUUGCAAAUUCCAUCAUAGCCAUGAUUGAUGUAAUUCACUUGAACAUUUUCUGCUCUUUCAGAUACCUAAACAAACACGACGUGAACAUGAACAUAAAUAAGAUUGUUUUGUGAUUGAUUUUGAAUAAUCAAUUAAGUAUUUUCUGUUCAAAGGUUCUAAUUACAAGAAUUCUAUUGACUAGCUGAGAGCUAGUAUUAUUAUUCAUGAAUGUACGGAAUAUGGACCAACUAUGAACAUUAUUCUUACGUUUUUAAUUUUUCCGUGUGAUAAAAACUUCAGCGUUAUUAUUUCUGGAUAUGUGGAAACUUACUUUCUUACAUAAACAUUGCCAAUCGAUGUCUUCGUUAGAACGUAAUUUUUGACUUAUCUGAAGAAGGAAGAAUAAAAAAGGAUAUUCAUAUUGUGGUAUUUGUGUUCUAAAUAUCACAGAACGUGUACUAAUUUUGGGUUUCCUGCAAAUUAUGUGUAUUAUAGAAUAAGCUUCAAGAAAUUAAUGUGAUUUUUUUGUUGAGACUUGAAAUGAAUGAAAAAAAAUUGGAUUUUGUGCAGCACAAAAUAAUAUUCGUAAAAGGGGCUUAUUAAUUUAAAUACACUUUGUUGGCCCAUUGUAAUAUUGUAGUAUUUCAAAGACAGUAUUAAAAUUUGUUUCAAAAUUAUGUGUACUAUUUCUGAUAAGUAAAACAAAUGAAACUGUACAGAAAUAAUAUAGAUUUGAGUGGACUGUGCCUUGAAUAUGUGGCGGAAAUGAUUAAAGGGUUCAAAACACUUGUGAUUGACAGUAAAUGUAUGAUUAAUAAAGCCCGAGAAAAAAUAGGAGUCAGUUGCAAAUGUUAAAGCUAUUUUCUUACUUAUAACUAGAGACUGGAUGUUAGACAAAUGCCUAUACUUUAUUAUAAAAAAUAACAUAAAAAUAUUAUCUUAAGUUCAUAUCAAAGUAUUAGUGUUUAAAGAAGAGAUAAUUUUGCUUAUUUCUUCCUAUUUUCUUCCGGCAAUGUCUAUUAUUAUCUUCUUAAUUCACAAACAUUUGUCUGAUUCCAAUGCAUAGUGGUAUUGUAUUUCUCUUGUAAGGUUUUUCAUAUUUUGAUAUAAAUUCAAGGAAAUUAGCUUAGGAGUAACAACAGGGAAGAUUGUUGUACCAUAGAAAAAUUUCCUCUGAGAUUGUACCUUGAAUCACAAUUUAUGUUUAGAAUUUUUUAAGUCAUUAAAAAAGCCACAGACAGUGUCUCUGCAGAUAAUGUUAUUCCUACAAACUAUUUUUUUGAAAGUUUAAAUUUUAAAUGUUUAUAGAAAAGAUUUAAUUUAUAUAAUAUUGAUCAUGAUGAUCAUAGCAGUAAGGUAGAUAGUAUGUAUUAAAGACUUUUUAUGCAGAAAUUGGCAUUUUUUUGGUUUAUUAGAAAAAUUAAAAAAUUGAAUUUAAGUGUAGCCUAUGUUUUAUUUGUAAACAUGUAAUACAGUCUUCGUGGCUAACUGUUGGUCACUGUGCUCGCUUUUCACUACAUGCACUACUAUGAAUUUACUUUGUGAAAUACUGAUAACAAGAAUGAAAUAAUUGUAACAUCUUGUAGUGCCUACAAUGGUAGAUUAUUUUGGUCUACAAUGGUAGACUAAAUUUAAAUCUGAAAUACGGCAUUACAAAGUACUGAAUAAUAAACUUUGAUUCAGGUGGAGUGUGUUUAAAAAAUACAAAUCAAAUUAGUCAGAUUGUAAAUCAAUAAACUGUAAAAGCAAAAUUUUUUACUUCUUGUACUAUCAAAUUUUAUUUCUGAUUUAUUUAGAAACAAAAUGACACAAAACACAAUAACAAUCCCUUUCCUAAAUUAGGAAGUAAACUUUGUAUUGAUGUAGUUGCUGUUGCAAAGAUACUGACAUCUGUCAAGAAACUGAAGUGUGGUUCAAGGUAUUCUGUCAUCAACACACAACAGUCUCCUCUAAUGUUCUGAUUCAAUUUAUUAUUGUUAUUGAGAAAAGUCAUAGAAUCAUUAAAGCCAGAAAUAUUUUCCUUGAAGUUAAAAUGAUCAAAGACAAUUUAAGUGAAUUAUGUAAUAUAAACACAAAAUACUAAACAGCACUUAAUGAAUGCCUCAUUCCUACUUUUCAUAAGUUUCCUUAUUGUCAGUAAAUGUGUGGUUAUGAAAACCCAAACAACAAUAAGAAUUCAUUAGGUGACAGAGGCAAUGUUGUUAAGAAAAUUCUUCUCUGUCUCGGGAGAGUGAAAGAGGGCUAGGGCAUUCCGGGCCAAAUGAAGAAGUGAGUAAUGCAGUCUUCCAGCGGUUUGAAAACUUCAAGGUUGAUGAUAAGUGUCAAAACAAUGUUUCAGCUGAUAUUGAUCCAGACAUUGUAACACUGAUUAAGUAUGUCACAAUAUCAUUUUUGUCAGAGAGAUGUUAUUUUCAUUUGGAAAAAUAUGUUCACUUGUAGAAGACAGAACUUAAGUGGUAAAUACAUAGAAAGAAAUGCUUAUGUAUAAUAAAUGAUUUCUUCAUGACUACAGUUUUGUAGUGUAUGAACAAUUUAUAGUGGUAAGAUUAAGAUGCUUUGUUUCAUUGCGAUUCAGUUCAUUAUAUAAAGUAUGUUUGCUAAACACGUUUUUGGAUAUUGAUGGCUGAGUGCCAGACUGUUUUAAGUCCAAUUCUUUAACAAUAUGAGAUUUGUGUUUCAUUAUGUUCCAUGUCCCCAUGUACAUGUGAGCAUUAAUUGUAAAUAUUCCACUUCAUAAGCUUAUAACAAACGCCUUUCGUACUGACUCAUUUCUUACUUCACCACUAAACACUUAAUGUCUCUCCUAAAGAAUGUAGUAAAAUGGAUUUAGAACAGUGCAGUUCUCAGACAUCAAUGUGCUAUUCUAUUUAAAUAUUUAAAUUCUGAUUUAAAUAUUCAUGUAAUUUAAUUGCAUGUUCUUUGGAAAAAAAUUGUUAAUAGUCACUGGCAGUGCCAACCUUAAUAAGUCUGAGUUGCCAUAUAUUGUCAAUAUUUAUUGGGAAAUAAUUAAUACAGUUUGUUUUCAAGGCACAUUUAGGCCUGCUACUUUCAAUUAUUUACAGUGUGUGUUAACUUACCUUUAUUUAACAUUCUUAGUGCCUAACAUCCAGUUUCUACUCAUAAUUUAAAUAUUCAUUGCAUAAUGUGAAAAAUAAUUUUUUCAUUGUUUGAAACAGGUUUCAUGAAUAACAUGGUAAAGAUUAAAUUCUAUGAUCUUUGUGUAAUAAUAUAAUGAAUUUUUUUAGAUACAUUAAUGUGAUUGGAAAUCAUCAAUAACUAAUAGGUAUAAAAUGUAUUUUUCAAUACAGUUUGCAGUUGUUUUGCAAAUAAAAAUUUCAAUGUUCUCAUUUCUUUGGUCUAAAUUGAUGUUUAAAAAUAUAGUUUUUUUUCUUUUCUGGAGAGGCAUCAGAGGUUUUCAAGAUUAAAAAGACUUUCAAACACUACUCUUGAGUGUUUCAACCAAAGUAUUGUUCAUAAUUUUGUAAUAAUUUUCAUAUUUGUGAACAUAUCAUAAUAAAUUAAACUUAUUCACGAAAAUACAAUAUUUUUUGUAAAAUCAUAUUUUCUCAACUUUCU